GAUGCCUGAAGAUUUGCAAUGCGCAGUGCACGCUUGGCAGUAACUCAAACACGUCCGAAGGCGCCCACAACCCUGCAUUAGUACCUCGACCGCUUUCUGAAAGCUCUGUCUUCUUCGGUCAGUUCGAUUUCCACUGCACUUGAAACGCUAUAUGGACUUAGCAACAUCAUCCUCAGACCCUACACGUGGGCCUGCGAAGAUCAAAAGAAAGUCGCAUCGCAAGUCCAGGAACGGCUGCGCCAGAUGUAAGCGAAGAAGGAUCAAGUGUGACGAGACCAAGCCAGACUGCAGCAAAUGUGUCGAGUUUGGAAUUGUCUGCGACUACAAUACCGCGGCUCUUUUGCCAGGCAGUCAACCUCUGGAGCGCUCGAAGUUCCUCAACACCCAAGGACCUCCUGCACCCAAGCAGAGAGGCAGACCAAGAACCAUAUGGGGUGACGAAGUGCCCAAUACAACACCUCCAGAAACCCAGUAUCUCUCGUUGCAAGACUUCAAACUCCUGAAUCAUUUCAUCACUCGAGCAAAUGACAGUCCAGACCCCACUGCACCAAAAAAUGCAAGAGAUCCUCUGCAUGAUCAGGCACUUUUGCUAUCAUUCGCGUACCCAUGCAUACUUCACCUGAUUCAAGAAUUCUCAGCACUCGAACUCGCCAACCAGCAGCCUUCAAGAGGAGGGUACUAUCGAGCGUUAGCUGAGAGGCACUCGACUCAAGGCUUGCAAGGUGCAACUGCACUUCUGCGGCAGUUCAAUGAAAGCGACUAUCAAGCAGCAUACAUUGCUGCAACGUUCGCUUGUAUUAACUACUUUGCUCGCGGUCCUCAGCCUGGCGAAUACCUCCUCUUCAGUCUUAGUGGGUCAUCGCAAUGGCUGCCUCUCCUUCAUGGCAUACGGACGAUCAUCGACUUGGUCGGCAUUGAGAAAAUCACAGCUGGGCUUUCUGAAAGGGCGCCCCAGAAAAUCGCUCCGGCCGAAAAGCCUGCAAAGGUCAUGCUGAAUUGUCCAGAGCUGGACUGGAUUGGCCAUUUCGAGCGGCUGCAUACUUUCGUUGCGUUCUAUCCAGACUCUGCUGUAGAUGUCGACGCUCUGAACAAGCUGCAAUGGUGCUACGAGGCUACGUACGGUCGGGAAGGCGUGUUCAAGGGUGACGUGAAUCAUCAGAAUGCGUUCGUCUGGCCCUAUCAACUUGGAGAAGACUUCUCAGCUCGGAUGCAGAUUCGACAGCCCCUGUCAUUGAUUGUCGUAGCUCAUUUUGCGCUUCUGCUUCAAAACUACGAGUUCACCUGGUACAUGAUCGGCUGGUCGGACCACAUCAUCGCGGGCAUCGCUCAAGUCAUUGAUGAGGACUAUCGUGGCUGGUUAGAAUGGCCAAUAGAGCAAGCUCGCAGAAUCCGAUUGGAAAGAAAGAGAGAAAAUUCGGCGGCUGUAACGGACGUCACGAUGUCAGAUUAG